AUGGCGGCGCGGGAAGAAGAAAAGCCUUUGAUUUCUGAGGAAGACGUGUCAAUCCUCUCGCCCAUCUUAUUUGACGGUCCAGUUGUCCGGGUCCCUGAAACGCCUUCCAAUUCUCAGGAAGCACUUAUGCCUGAAACCCCAUGUACUUCUCAGAGAGAUGCCUCUGCAUCAAGUAUGUUUGUCCCCGAGACGCCAGCUUCACAACUUCCAAAUCUGGAAAACUGUGAUAUUUCUGUGAUUCUGAACCUUCCAGAAAUUCCAACGUUUGAAUGUAUGCCGUGUAAAAAGAAGUUUAAAAAUCGGGCGACAUUGCGAUCUCAUCAGAGAAGGAAACAUGAACUUGAUUUUAAUAUCAGCUGUGAAUUGUGUAACAUGUCCUUCUUCAAUACAGAGUUAUUGAAGGAACAUAGAGCCAAGUUACAUAAGCAGAAGGGUCUUUGUCGCUGCAAAACCUGUUUCAAAGUGUUGAACAGCUACAGAGGCAUGCGAGAGCACGUGAAAUCUCAUUCUGAGGAAGUGCACAAAUGUACAGAAUGUGAUAAAUUCUUCAAUUCCAAGCAGGCUUUGAGGAGACACAUGAAAACACAUGAUAAAGAAUUUAUUUGUGAACUGUGUGACAAACAGUUUGCAACCAAAUUUCAGUUAAAGGUACAUGGUUCUGUACAUCAGGUGAACCCUGAGAUGUACCGAUGUGACCAGUGUCAGUACCAGAGCAGAUGGUACUCCUGUGUGAAGAGAGAUGUCACAAAAGUACAUUGUAGGUCACGACCAUUUAUUUGUGACAACUGUGGGCAUUCCUUCAAAGACAAGUACAACUUGAAGAGGCACAUCUCUAAUGUCAAGUGCAAUGUACCCAAAAUGAACAAACAAUGGGAGGACCUAUAA